AUGGCAGCGCUUCGCAUUUCAACAGCGACAUUGUCGCGUAAAGCAAUCACCACCAGCCGACCCCGUCUCUACCUCGGAGUUCGCGCCGGCCUGCGCUCUCUGCAACCCACCUUUAACUCCAUAAGCAUCAGCUCACGAUACUCCACGACCGCACCGCUACAAUCCCUCGCACCGAAGGUCGAGCGUGGUAAAUCAAAGCUCUUCAAAGACGCCGAUGCCGCGGUCGCAGAUGUGAAGAGUGGUUCGACGAUUCUUAGUUCUGGAUUUGGGCUUUGCGGGGUUGCUGAAACAUUGAUCAAUGCCAUGCACCGCCGAGGCGCCGAUCAAUUGCACUCCCUAACAGCCGUAUCGAACAACGCCGGUGCGGCAGGCAGGGGCGGUCUCUCGACGUUAUCGCAGAAUGGCCAGUUGAAUCGUUUGAUUCUUUCCUACUUGGGCAAUAAUAAGACGCUCGAGAAGAAUUACCUCACUGGGAAAAUUGCUAUCGAGCUUUGUCCGCAGGGCACGCUGGCUGAGAGGCUCCGUGCUGGUGGGGCUGGUAUUCCGGCGUUUUUCACGCCUACUGGUGUUCACACAUUUAUCCAGGAGGGUAAGAUUCCCGUGCGCAUGGAUGAAUCGGGCAAAGUGCUUGAGUCGGGCAAGCCGCGUGAGACUCGCGAGUUCAAUGGCAAGACUUAUCUUAUGGAGACGGCUUUGACGGGUGAUGUGGCUAUUUUGAGGGCGUGGAAAGCGGAUGAGGCUGGUAACUGUGUGUUCAGAUACACAACCAAAGCCUUCGGUCCGAUCAUGGCCAAGGCCGCGACUCUCACUAUCGUCGAAGCCGAGAACAUCGUCCCCGUCGGCUCUAUCGAUCCCAAUGAUGUCGAUUUACCCGGUAUUUUUGUGGAUCGCAUCGUGCCUGCGACGGACGACAAGCAUAUUGAGAUUAAGAAGUUGCGUUCUGGUGAAGCUAGUGUGACUGGAUCGGCUAGGGAUGCGGGACAGAUUCAGAGGGAGCUUAUUGGUCGGAGGGCUGCUAAGGAGUUGAAGCCUGGAUACUAUGUUAACCUUGGUGUUGGUAUUCCUACUUUGGCACCUUCCUUCUUGCCGAAGGAUGUGAAGGUCUGGAUUCAGUCCGAGAAUGGAAUUUUGGGAAUGGGCGAUUAUCCCACUGAGCAGGAAUUGGAUGCCGAUAUCAUCAAUGCCGGAAAGGAGACCGUGACUCUCGUCCCUGGCGCUGCUACAUUCGACAGCACCGAGUCAUUUGGUAUGAUCCGCGGAGGUCAUGUGGACGUUUCUAUUCUUGGGGCACUCCAAGUGAGCGCCAACGGUGAUCUGGCAAACUACAUGAUUCCCGGGAAGGUAUUUAAGGGUAUGGGUGGAGCCAUGGACUUGAUCUCAAACCCCGAAAAAACCAAGAUUGUGGUUGCCACCAGCCAUGUGGCCAAGGAUGGAUCACCUAAGAUCGUGCAGAAGUGCAGCUUACCUCUGACUGGUGCUAAUGUUGUUAGCACUAUUAUCACAGACUUGUGUGUGUUCCAGGUCGACCGAGCUACUGGGAAGCUCACACUGACGGAGCUCGCUCCUGGCGUUGAGGUGGAGGAGGUACAGAAUAAGACGGAUGCUGAGUUUGCGAUCGCUGAUACUCUUGGGAUUAUGGAAUAG